CUGGCGACGAUCCGUCAUCGUCGCAUUCUCGAUACUCCGACGAGAAGAUAAGCUCCAGCUGAGUCGAUCUCCACACGCACACAUACAGGCACACAAGAGAGAAUCGCCGAAAUCCGAAAUCACGACACUGGCAUAACAGCGAUUGCACGCGAUACUUGACACACUACGACGCACGCACUUAAAUAAGAGACACACUUAUUACAAGACACUCGAUCGCGGCAGAUUUUCGCACGCGCGGAUUCACCUUUCGACGCGAGCGAUCGUGAGAAAUCUCGUGCGGCUCCGGCUUCCGCGGCGGUGCGAUUCCAUAACUGACCGCCAUUCGAAAUCUAUCGAAGCAGCAGGUUGCGAUACUCGAAGUAUCGAAACUUUCGAUAUGGCGAACUCGUGCAGCUCACGGGUGCAACACCGGCGGCUUUGCGUUGCUAUCAGUUAUCACGGUACGAUCACGAUAAUAAUAAUAAUUGUAUAUAUAUAUAUGACAUAUUUAGUGCAUAUAUAACGUAUGCUCGAUGGAAUACGCUUCUCACGACGCAAUUCUCCGCGUGGGAUUCACUUUUGGACGCAGGCAAUCGCGAAAAACGCGGAACGAAAUUGCAUGCGGUCCAUACGUUGCAGCGCGAUUCCGUAACUGAUAUGCCGUGACUUCGGCCGUUCGAAAUCUAUCGACUCGUGACGUCACGAUUCUCGAAGCGUCAAACACGAUCCGUGCGACACGACGAACUUCACAGCAAAUUGAGGAUUCACUGCGAAUAGCGCGAAUUUCUUCGCGGCAAUUAAUGGAAGGCUCACGAAAAGAGGUUGGAUCGGGGCAGGUUGGAAUUACGGAAUCAGCCAUUUGAAAUAUAUAUCCCGCCGUUUGAAAACAAUAGGAGAGAUCCAGAAGGAACGACGGAAGUCGAACCUUGAACUUCACGAGAAAAAGCGCGAAACUAAAUCAGUGGUUUGUCACAAUGGACAAUGAUGACAUGGUGGAUGAAAUUCUAAAGAUGCUACAUUCAGAUAAGAACUUUGUCAUAGAAAUGCCACCUGCUACAACUCGGAGACGAAUACCCAAUACAUCUCAGUUAGAUAAUGCAUCAAAUGUUCAUGACAAUAGCAAGUGUAAAAUGGGAACCGAGUAUGUCGAACAGUAUAAAAAAAAGGAAGAUGAAGACUAUUUGAAAUUGAUGAACAAUAUGAUCUUCAACAAGUGUGACGUUGUGGACAAUAUGUCGGAAGUUACUGCAGCUACGGAAGACAAAGUGUUUCAGACCAAUACUGAUCAUAUUUACCAAACGUACAACUUUGCCUAUCGGCCCAAGAUUAAUUUACCUAUUCUUGAAGUGAAGGACAAGAUCGUGUCUAUGAUCGCGAGCAAUUCGGUUGUCGUCAUUCGCGGUUCCACAGGUUGUGGCAAGACGACGCAGGUGCCUCAAUUUAUUCUCGAUGCCGAGUUUCAGAAGAAGCAGCACUGUAACAUCAUAGUUACGCAGCCGAGGCGUAUCGCCGCCCUCAGCAUCGCGAAACGUGUAAGCCACGAGAGAGAAUGGCCUGUUGGCACACUGGUAGGAUACCAAAUAGGUUUGAUCAAGAACACGUGUGCUGACACUCGCAUAACGUAUUGCACGACUGGCGUGCUCUUGCAGCUACUCGUAAGUAAGAAGCACAUGUUGGAUUAUACUCAUGUUAUACUGGACGAGGUACACGAACGCGACGAGGAUUUGGAUUUCCUACUGCUCAUAGUCAAAAGGCUACUACGCACCAACUCCCCGACGGUUAAGGUCGUAUUGAUGUCUGCGACGAUCGAUGUGGACAAAUUUGCCGAAUAUUUUUCUACGCCCAUGGAAAAUAAGCUUCUACCAGCACCCGUCAUCGAUAUACCACGCAGUAACCCGUACAACAUUUCUAUAUACUAUAUAGACGAAAUGGAAAAUUUGGGAACUAUACCUGACGUAACUCCAGAACCACGACUCACAAAAACUAUGUGCGAAUUUUGCAUACGUGUCUUGCACGUUUUUGAUAGUAUCGACAAGCCGUCCACUGAAAUAGACAACGUUGACAAAGACGAGAGGCCCGCUGUGCUGAUAUUCCUGCCAGGAAUUUACGAAAUCGAGGACUUACGCAGUACCAUGCAGUCGGAGAAACACGCGGAUGCGAAAUGGGAUAUAAUUAUUUUACACUCGCUAAUCUCGACUGAAGAUCAAGAGAAGAUUUUUAAAAAGCCACCCAAAGGUUUCCGGCGUAUCAUACUGUCAACCAAUAUCGCCGAGAGCAGCAUCACCGUGCCUAAUGCUAAGUAUGUGAUCGACUUUUGUAUGACAAAACUUCUCGUCGUCAAUUCCGAGACCAAUUACCAGCACCUCGAACUUUGCUGGGCGAGCAAGUCAAAUUGCCAGCAACGCGCCGGCCGCGCCGGUCGCGUGAUGGACAGUAGAGUAUACAGAAUGGUGCCAAAGGCAUUUUAUGAGAAAGUGCUGCGCGAUGACGUUGUUCCAGAACUCCUUAGGGCUCCGCUUGCAAAGGUAGUUCUCAAGACAAAGAUGCUAAACAUGGGCGAACCUAAGGCUAUCCUCGCUCUCUCUCUGGAUCCACCGAAUCUGAGCAAUUUACGAAAUACUAUAUUAGUACUGAAAGAAAUCGGCGCACUGUUCAACCGAAACGAGAACCCGCGGGAAUUCGACGGGGAAUUGACUCCGUUGGGUCACAUAAUGGCUUCCCUUCCCUUGGACAUACACAUGUCAAAGUUGAUCGUUCUCGGUCAUCUUUUCGGCGUUCUGCAGGACGCAAUCAUUAUCGCGGCUAGUAUGUCCGUGAGGGAAAUAUUCAACAUCGGAUUUUACGAAUCAGAAUCGAUCUAUCAACAGAAGCUGUACUGGGCUGCCAAUUCCGACAGCGACAGUAUAGCGUGCUUGAACGCGUUCAAGGUGUGGCGGAACGAGAAAGCAAGUCGCCGCAUAAACAGCCACCAACAGGAAAAGGAGUGGUCGCGACGGAAGAAUCUCCGCGUGAAGUCGCUACGCGAAAUCGACGUUCUCAUAAGGGAAAUAACGUACAAGUUGAAUCACUUUGGCAUUCGAGAGAACAUUGACGCGAAUAAGCACACUUGGGAGAGUCUUCAGGUCACUCGUACCUUCGUUCUUAAAGUUGUAAUAGCCGGUGCCUUUUAUCCCAACUACUUCGUCAAAUUCCCGCAUAACCCCGAGCAACGCAAGAAGGACGUUGAAAAGGUGCUCUGCCUGCGCAAUCCGAUGAACACCAUCAUCCUACGGGGGUGGCCAGUGAAUCAACCCGGAUCGCUGUACGCCAGGAAGUUCCAGGAAAUCUUCGGACGGCACUUGAACAUUAAAAAUUACAAAGAACACCUAACAGUGUCUUUCGACCAAUCUUCCCGCGUUUACAUCGAAUAUGAGAACAAGAAUAGUCCACCGGACGACUCCUUCUUCGUCCGGAGUUGCAUCAAGAUGCGACAGUGUGGGGUUCCGAUAGUGAUAGAUUUGAUGAACGAAACGGAGGCGAUUCAUCGGGUGAAGGAACUCGGACUCGAGAAGAAUGACGGAAAUAUAUAUUGUCAAGUACCUCCUAGCCCGGGAGAACCGCCAGAAAGACGGUACAUGUACGACAAGAAGCCGUAUCCGGAGUUACCGGAUCACCGCGAUUAUCGAACGAAAUUGUACCUUCAAGGUCCUUUCUCGCCCGUGGAGAUGCAGCUGAUUCAUCCGGUUACCGGAUCAUCCCAGGCAAUAAUUAUCGACAACAUGUCAGUGAAUUCCGUUCUACUCGAGACCUCCGUGGGCAAACGGGGAGGACUGUUAGUGGCGCAAAUUAUCAAUCAAAGUCCCGAAACGAAGCGGUUGACUUUGCGAAAUACGACCCUUCUGCCCGACACGCCUGGCCUGGCGUCACUAAUCGCUUUAAUCUUCACGCCGUAUAUGGAGUUACGGCGCAAUGUUCUGGGUACUUCUUAUGCGGGAGCUUAUUGCGGGCUAGGAUACAAUUACUCCACGGGGGAAAGCAUAUUCAAGGAACACGAUUUGGAAGUCUUAUUUGAUGUCGAGAUCACAAUGGAUGAUUUGCGAAUGAUAAACAAGUUACGCCAUUGGAUAAACGUCGCAAUGAACUUCGAAUAUGGGUCGAUGAACGAGCAUGAUGAAAAUACAGCUAAUUUGAUUGUAAAUUGUCAGAAUCAAAUCAAAGGUGCCUUCAAAGAGGUGAUAUAUAAGACCCGCAAGCCACAGGAGUCAGUUUUAAUCAGUAACUUUGACAAAUGGAAUCUAUAUGACGAAUCUCUAUUUCUCGAGCCUGCUCGAGAGACCUCGGCAAAAAGUAAAGUAUAUGGAUUACACAAAGCACUGGAAUUGAACGAAGAAAACAAGGAGCUCGAGGAGAUUGUCAAUCACGUGUUGGAAUUAGAAAUAUUGGCACACUCAGAUCCGUACGAGAUGAGUAUCAAAGCAGUUUAUUGUAAAUUGUGCCUGACGGAAGUAAGUGGCAUUAUCAACCUUCGUAUACAUCUCUGUUCAAAAGAACAUCAGACGAAGAUGCAAAUGAUAGAUACGGUUGGCGAUUUUGGAGAGGACCUACAGAAUAUAAUAGCCAAAAUGAGACUAUAA